CCUCUGUGCCUCUGCCUCUCUGUGCCUGGAGUUGUGUCUUCUUCAUUCCUCUCAGUUCGUGCACAGCUCUGCCUCCACGGUCAAGAUGUUUUUCCCCUUCACGUUGUUUUCGGCCACCACCUGGACUCUCCUGGCCCUGUGUGUCGCCCUCCUGUUUCUGUAUGGCAUAUGGCCUCAUAGGUUUUUUAAAAAGCUUGGAAUACCCGGACCAAGGCCUCAGCCCUUUGUGGGGACAAUGAUGUACUUUAGAAAGGGUAUUCAUGAGUGUGAUCGCGAGUGUCAAGCAAAGUACGGAGAUGUCUGGGGGUUGUAUGAUGCACGCACUCCAGUUCUGAUGGUGUCAGACCUGGACAUGAUUAAAAGUGUGUUGGUGAAGGAUUGCUACUCCGUGUUCACCAACCGCAGGGAAAGCUUUAUUGCGGGUCCGAUGGACGACGCGAUUACAAAUGUGAAAGAUGACAAGUGGAAACGGAUCCGGAGCACGUUGUCUCCCUGUUUCACCAGUGGACGACUGAAACAGAUCUUUCCCAUCGUGGCUCGCUACGCGGACCGGCUCGUGGAGAAAGUGGAACAGAAACACAAGGACGAGAUGAUCGAUGUCAAACAACUGGUGGCACCUUACAGCUUAGACGUUGUGACCAGCGCGUCUUUCGGGGUUGAGUCCGACUCCAUGAACAAUCCAGACGACCCCUUCAUCGUUCACAUCAAGAAGCUUCUGGGCUUCAGACUGUGGCCGAUCAUGUUAAUGAUGAUCUUCGGUAAUCGUCUGGUGAGGCUGCUGAGGAUUGAGUUAAUGGACACACUCAGUAUUGAUUAUUUCUACAAUGUCAUCCAGAGAUUUAAAGAGCAGCACAGUGCAGACAAGUCUGGGCGAUCAGACUUCCUGCAGGUGAUGCUUCAAAACGAGAUUCCGGACGCGGCGAUAGAGAACGAGCAGGAGCAGCCCAGUAAAGGUCUUACUGAACACGAGAUCCUUUCUCAGGCCUUCAUUUUCAUCUUCGGAGGCUAUGACACCACCAGCACCACCCUCUCCUACCUGUUUUACAAUCUGGCCACGAACCCCAACGCGAUGCGGACCCUGCAGGAGGAAAUCGAUGGCAGCCUACCGAGAGAUGCUCCGGUUACGUACGACGGCCUGCUGCGUCUGCAGUACCUGGACCAGGUCAUUUCUGAGUCGUUGCGCUUGACUCCCACCGCGCCUCGGCUCGAGAGGAUGUGCAAAAAAAACACCCAGCUCAACGGCAUCACCAUCCCUGAAGGAACCCUCGUUGGGAUUCCUGUGUCCCUGUUGCACAAGGAUCCACGUUUUUGGAGCACACCGGAACUUUUCAGACCAGAGAGGUUCAGUAAGGACGGUGGGGAGGAGGUGAACCCGUACGCGUACAUGCCGUUCGGGCUUGGGCCUCGUAACUGCAUUGGGAUGCGCUACGCUCUCCUCACCUUGAAAAUGAUUGUUGUGCGUCUCCUGCAGGAUUACACCUUCGAAACAUGCAGAGACACUGUGAUUCCUUUAGAGUACGACUGGAAGUUUCAGCCGAAGACACCAAUAAAACUCAAGUUUGUUCCCAGACAACAUUAGUCGGAGAGGGAAGAAAAGAAAUUAUGUCACAGUUGAUUUUUGUUUUCACCUUUCGCAGCAACUCAGAGGACGACAGGUCAAGUGUCAUUUCAUUCUGCUGAACGUCACUUUUCAACAACGUACUUUUCUAUAAAUAGUCUUUCAUCUUUAUGUCUUGAUGCUUAAGAAGAACAUUUUUUUUCCCCUAUAUUUUUUUAUGAUUCCAUUGAUUGAAAUUUAAGUAUUUUGGUUUUUUAUAAAAAUCGACUGCACAAUAAAUAUACUUUAUAUCACAGCA